UCACGUUCGACCGUUCUCGGGAAAGCACGCAUGCACGAGUGCUUCUUCGUCGUACCGCGUAAAACUUCACCCGGUCUGACUCCAGUUCCCGUGUGCGUCUAGAGCUAUGGGCAGUACAGGCUACACGUGCAUACGGCGGACAUUUUGUUCCUUCAACAUCCUCAUAUGGCUCUGCGGUAGCGGAUUUCUAGCGAUAGGCGUAUGGCUUCACUUUGCCUAUCCAGGGUACGCCACGCUACUGCCCGACCAUGCCGUGCUCAGUGCCGACUGCAUGUUCAUAACGGUCGGCGUGAUCAGCUUCGUGAUUGCGUUCUUCGGCUGCUGUGGAUCUUGGUUCCAGUCGCGCUGUUUCCUCGUCAUUUACUUUACACUGGUGGUCCUGUUGUUCCUCAGUGAGUUCUUGCUCGGUUCGCUGGCUUUUGUGUGCGGAGGCAUCGGGCGUAUGUUGACGCAGGAGCUUAAGUAUGGCAUCGAGAAGCACUACAACGUGUCGGAUCGUGGCGGUUUCCUAACGCCUUCCGUUGCUUCUAUCUGGGACAAUCUUCAGGUCGAUCUACAAUGCUGUGGAGUUUCGUCGUACGAAGAUUGGUACGAUAUCAGUGCAUGGCCCGGCGAGCGAUGGGUGCCACAGUCGUGCUGUCGGUCGCAGUACGGAUCAAUGUUUUCGGAAGGAUCCGGCGAUGAGCUAGCGAACGUCGACUGUCGAAAAGCUGGAAAUCCCGCACUGCUAUGGGAUAAGAGCUGUGGUCAGAUUCUGCAGAUGUGGUUCGUACAGCGACUACACAUAGUGGGAACGGUUGUGCUCGUAAUAGGCUUCCUUCAGCUGUUCGGUCUCAUAUCUUCCAUGCUGCUGUUCUGUACCGUCAAACACAAACGCUCGUCGAAAACCUACAAAUCCUACUCACCCACCGUGGACACGACGCUCAACCGUAACGGCACCAGCGCCACCUACAUGGACGACUGACUGUAUGGCUGAGGUGGGUCAGGGUUCGGUGGUUUAAACUUCUCGCACCGCCACCAGCACGGACCUCACCAGCAGGCAAAAACCCAGCAUCACAAUCCCAAUAGAACAGUUACAAAUACUCACCAGUCUCGAAGUGGGAAGGCGAGUCACGUAGCCCAUCUCGCCGAACAGUGGUUAAAGGUUGUAUGUACGUGCGGCGGAGCACGUGUGUGAUUUUCGCUAGCACACAGUAUCACCUGUGUGCCUAAUGAUUGUGCCAAAAAAACGAAGAAACGAAGAAGAAAACGAGAAACUCCCCAUUACACCAGCAAUCCACUCCAGAGUUGAAGAGGUAAGCCGACCAAAACAAGGGACACACCAAUUAUAGUUUUAUACGUACGACGCAUAACGGAUGCACGACGCGGUCAGUAAAGGGGUGCGCUAGUGUAGAACGUAGAAUACUGCACAGUUUUAUUUAUACACUCAGAGCUUAGAUUAAGGCAUCCUGGUCAACCGCAUCAUUCCGCGCAACUGCCUACCAAAACGACCAAAAAAGUCUACCCUCAAGUUGAGCUAGGAUAGAGAGAGAUAGAGGGAGAGAUAGAGGGAGAGAGGAUAGGAACUCCUCGUUGAACGACCCGCAGACAUUCCCGAACUCGAUUACUCAACAAUUCGCAUGAUAGAGCGUUAAGUAUUUACAGCAAUGAAUAAAUUACGCUACGCAGCGACAGUUCA